CGUCUAUGUUCCUAUCAAUCACACACUCUCAGUCUCAGGCUCUCUCUCAUCCUCGCGCGCGCGCACACACGCUGUCUCUCCGUCAAUCGGCGUGCAUUCUCAUUCUGCGAUCGAUCUACUCUCGUCUCAUAGAGAAAGAAUGGAGAUCAGGGGACCAAGGGCGGCAAUGCCCGCUGAGGAGGGAAGGUACGGAAGACUUUGUGCCCGAACAGGCACCAAGGUCUGCUCCUUCUGGUUAGAGGGACGAUGUACCCGGAACCCGUGCAGGUUCCUGCACGUGGAAUUGCCGCCCCCGCGGAACAACAAGAUCGCCUGCCGUCACCCCGCGGUGAAGCCGAAGAGCGGAGGAGGGGCAAGCAACGGCGAGGGUUCGAAAGGAAAAGACGGGUUCAAGCCAGAGGAGCGACUCUGUCAGCACUGGGCUUCUGGCAUCAGUUGCGUGAAAGGCGACAAGUGCGAAUUUCGGCAUUCUUGGUCCCGCGGUGAAGGCUUCAGCUUGCUGGCCAAACUUGAUGGGCAUGACAAGGGGAUUGCUGGGAUCGCGUUUCCAUCAGGAUUGGACAAACUCUAUACCGGCAGCAAUGACGGAAUGGUGAAAAUUUGGGACUGCCACACUGGGCAGUGUUCCGACACGGUCAAUGUGGGCAGUGAAGUUGGCUGUUUAAUCUCUGAGGGUCCGUGGGUGUUCGCUGGCUUGCGGAAUGUCAUUAAGGCAUGGAACGUCGAGAACGGUGCUGUCUUUGAUCUUCAAUUUUCUUCCGGGCUGGUUUUCUCGAUGGUCGUCGACAACAACAUGCUCUUUGCUGGGUGCCAGAAUGGUGAUAUAAUGGUUUGGAGAGGCACUUCGCUGACAAGCCCCCCGCAGCUGCUGACAACCUUAAAAGGCCAUACCCGAGCAGUUGUUUCACUGGUUAUUGGGGCCAAUCGGCUGUACACUGGUUCCGUGGACCACACUAUAAGGGUUUGGGAUAUCCAAAAUUUAGUGUGUAUCACAACGCUAAAGGGGCAUACUAAUGUGGUGAUGUCCGUCCUCUGCUGGGACAACUACCUGCUGUCUUGCUCAUUGGACCAGACAAUCAAAGUCUGGGCUGCAACUUCACCCGGGGGCAGGGAUUUAGAAGUUAUAUACACCCACAAUGAGGAUCAUGAAGUCCUUGCACUCAAAGGGAUGCAUGACAUGGAAGGAAAACCCAUCCUACUCUGCUCCUGCGACGACGACACUGUGCACCUUUACGAGCUUCCAACGUUUGCCGAGAGGGGCCGGAUAUAUUCACGGUGCAAAGUUCUAGCCCUGCAAGUUGCUCCCACAGGUGGCCUCUUCUUCACUGGUGAUGGAGUCGGAACGUUGAACGUGUGGAAGUGGUCGGGAGAGCUGAAGCAAGGGAUGUUGUGAUCUGUCCAAUCAAUCUUUUUUAGUUCAAAGCUGGACAGACCGGCCGGUCGAGAAUUCUUUUUCAACUGUCUUGGGAAUUUAGGCCUAAGAUAAGAUGAUGAGAUAUAUUUGUGGAUACCCAGAUUGGGAUUCGCUCUCUAAGCCAAUAUCUCUUGUGUAUAUGUACGCUGAUAAUUUUUGAAAUGAAGGAUUUCAGCUAUUCUUUGCAGUACU